AUGAAGUUAUUAUCUGUUUUAUUAAUCAUUGCAUCGAUUGCACUUGUUGCAACAACAGUCAGUGGCUCAGCAGCAGAGAUAGAAAGAUCCUCUUCUUCAUCAAGUUCCGAUGACGGCCUAUCUCCAUGUUCGACAUGCGUCUCAUCAAUCAAUUUUGCAUACAAUAAACUUUAUGACAUUGCUACAACUGGUGGUUCAGACAUUGCUACUUGUGGACAAAUUUGUAUUCAAUUACCAGAUCGAACCACAAUUAAGGAAUGUAAUACUACAUGUAAUGCAUUUGGCGUAAAGGAAUUUGUUGCCGCCAUUUUGGUUGAUAGAGACCCCAUUUACUAUUGUCAAGUCGCUCAACAGUGCCAAGGUAACAAUGACGGUGCUGCUGCAGACUUGUCAUUCUUUGCCGCCGAGAUGUUGCCAACCGGACAGAUCAACGUCACCUCGUCCAUCAAUGUCAUCUCCUAUAUCAACUAUGGUGAAAUGAGAACAGUUAUUGCAGGACCACAAGGCAACAUCACCUCCAACGAUUACCUCAUAGGAUACGAUCCAAACCAAUUUUUGGAAAUUCAAAUCCGUGUCUCCACCACUACUUGGCCAGCAGGCGACUACAAGGCCUAUGGUUAUGUAUGCGCUGCAUCAUGUUUCUCUCAAGACUCUGGAUCACGUGUUUUGUACAGUACCUCUGCCACUUUUACUGUCCCAGCAUCAGAAGAGUUGUUGUUAUCUGCCAAUUUUCAAUAA